CUUUCCUAGAUAACAUAGACGAUUACUCAUAUAUAACAAUGGCUCCUAUAGAUUAUUCAAUAAAAGGUAUAGACAAAAUAGUCCAGGUUGAUGGAGAUAUUAAAAACGUGGAAGUCACUCGUCUAACUGCACCUGGUGAGAACUACUUGAGCUUGGUACUACGAGUCGACAUCGAAGUGGAGAAAAAUGGCCAUAGAAAGACCGUGAAUGCCGUAGCCAAGCGAUUACCUUUAGGAAAAGAUCCGAUGGGAGGCGAGUUCCGCUACUUCGCGAUGAAUAGCGAAAUUAAAUUUUACUCAGAAAUACUGCCCAUAUUAACUAAAUUCUCGAGCGAAUACGGAGUCGACAGUAGACAAUUAUACGCAAAAUUCCUCGGUUUCAGAUUGAGCUUGAAUCCAACAAAAACCGAGGCUGAUGACGAAGUGACAAUGUUAGUUGAAAACUUAAUUCCUCAAGGAUAUCAGAACGAAGAUCGUUUCAUUGGCUUCGAUCUAGUCACAUCAAAAGCUAUUCUUAAAAGCCUAGCCUUAUUCCACGCCGUCCCUAUAGCUCUUCGAAGCAAAGAUCCGGAGCAAUUCAAAAUAGUUAAGGAUUUCCUUAAUACACCGCAUCCGCAUCCACCCAAAGGUCCUCCAGGGGAAGAGAACAAAAAUGGCCCACCAGAAGGUCACGAAGGGCCCGACAGACUUCUGCUCAAAGCUAUUCAAAACAUCCCGGAAUGUUCGCCCUUUAUUACCAGGUUAGAGCCUGUCUUGAAUAAACCUUGGGGGCCAGGGGGUUCUCAACCAGGUGUUGAGCCAUGGGCUACGAUUUCUCACAACGACUUAUGGGUAAAUAAUGUAAUGAUUAAGGCGCAACCAGGCAAAGAACCAAUCAUUAAACUGGUCGACUUUCAAGGCUGUAGGUACCAGUCGUUCGGCAGGGAUGUGGUGUUCCUUUUAUUGACCAGCAUAAGAAACGAUGUUCACAAAGAGCACUUUGAUGACCUACUCAGAUUUUAUUAUGACGAAUUUACAAAACUAUUAAAACAGUUCGAUUUGGACCUAGAGCUGACUUAUGACGAGUACUUAAAAGAAUUGGAAACAGCAGCAAAGGACGGCGAAACCAAACAUUCAUUAAGCUUCACCAAUAUGGUAUUCGGCGAAAAGAAUAGUUCAUUGGAUGUGGCUGUCCAAGAUGUAGACUUUAUGGCUAUGAUGAAGACAAAGAUAGAAAAUAUGAACGAAUAUCAAAAGGCUAAAAUAAUUCUUAUGUUGUCAGAGGUAUGCAAAAGAAACUGGAUUUAAAUACAGGGAAUAUAACGAUAUUGUAAUAUAAUUAUAAUUGUAUAGAGUAUUUCUCAUUUUUUUUGUAUAUAAUAUUGUUUUAAGAAAAACAU